AUACAGACACUGUUUUCCAAUAAUCCCUUGGUGUCCUGACUUUGUUUACCAAUUCCCAGUUUUACAUUCCCUGCAGGUAGAGUGCUUGCUGUCAAGCCAAAAGAGUCCUGGCUUGUGGAUUUAAAUCACAGUCUGAAGAUACUGCUGCUUUUAAUUUUCUGGCCUGAGAAGAAAUUGAGAGAAAGAGGGAGAAAUGACACUUUCUCAGUGUUCAGUGACCUUUGAAGAUGUAACAGUGAUAUUCAGUCAAGAGGAGUGGGCAUUAUUAAAUUCUUCAGAGAAGAAACUCUACAGAAAUGUGAUGUGGGAAAAUAUUAAAAACCUUCUGUCGAUAGGAAAUUUACAAGGGGACCAUUCCAUCAAAGAGCAGUGUAACCACCAAGGAAGUAAAAGAAUAUCAUCAAGUAAAUUCUCACUGUUUUCCAGUAAGAGAGUGAAAAUCUCUGAGGCCAAAGAACAAAGACAAAAUAGUGAGGAACCUCAAGAAUGUGAAGUAUACAACAAAGUACUCACUUAUUCCAGUCAGCUUAAAAAACACAAAAGAACUCUCACUGGAAAGAAACCUUAUGAAUGUAAACUAUGUAGUAAAAAAUUCAGCACAUCCAGUUAUCUUCGUAUACAUGAAAGAACACACAGUGGAGAGAAACCCUAUGAAUGCAAACAAUGUAGGAAAACAUUCAAUUUUUCCAGUCGUCUUCGGAAACAUGAAAUAACGCACAGUGGAAAGAAACCCUAUGAAUGUAAACAAUGUAGAAAAACAUUCAGUCAAUCCAGUAAUCUUCGGACACAUGAAAGAAUACACAGUGGAGUGAAACCCUAUGAAUGUAAACAAUGUAGUAAAGCAUUCAGUUGUUCCAGUACUCUUCGGAGCCAUGAAAGAACACACAGUGGAGAGAAACCCUAUGAAUGUAAACAAUGUAGUAAAGCAUUCAGUUGUUCCAGUUAUCUUCGGACACAUGAAAGAACGCACAGUGGAGAGAAACCGUAUGAAUGUAAACAAUGUAGUAAAGCAUUCAUUUGUUCCAGUUAUCUUCGGACACAUGAAAGAAUGCAUAGUGGAGAGAAACCCUAUGAAUGUAAACAAUGUAGUAAAGCAUUCAGUCAAAGAAGUUCUCUUCUGACACAUGAAAGAACGCACAGUGGAGAGAAGCCCUAUGAAUGUAAACAGUGUAGUAAAACAUUCAGUCAAAACUGUGCUCUUCGGAGCCAUGAAAGAACUCACAGUGGAGAGAAACCCUAUGAAUGUAAACAAUGUAGUAAAGCAUUCAUUUGUUCCAGUUCUCUUCGGAGACAUGAAAGAACUCACAGUGGAGAGAAGUUCUAGGAAUGGAAACUGUGUAGUAAAGCAUUUGCUGAUUCCUCUACUCAUCAGGUACUUUAAAGAAGUCACAGUGGAGAGAAAGCCUAUGAAUAUACAUGAUGCAGCGGAACAUUCAGUCAUUUCAGUCAUCUUUAAUCACAAGAAAUAAUGCACAGUGGAGAGAAACCCUAGUAAUGUAGACAAUAUAGAAAACCUUUCAGUUACUCCACUACUCAUAGAGCAUAUGGAAAUAGGCACAGUGUUACUUAAACAGUGAGUUUGGUAAUCUUCAGUCACAUGAAAGUGCUCACAGUGUAGAGAAAAUAUUAAGUAAAAUUUAAAAAUAAUAGAAAUCAUAUUUUCUUAAUAACUUAGUGAACCCAUACCUAUGUAUGCUUGGAAGGAAUAUGAAUAAGUAUUUCAAUUCUUCAUCUUUAAUUUUAUUUUUAAAAUCUUUCUUAAUGGGAGUUGGGCGGUAGCACAGUGGGUUAAGCACGUGAUGCAAAGGGCACGGACCGGCUUAAGGAUCCCAGUUCAAGCCCUCAGCUCUCCACCCGCAGUGGAGUCACUUCAUAAGUGGUCAAACAGAUCUGCAGGUGUCUGUCUCUUCCCCUCCUCUCUGUCUUCCCCUCCUCUCUCCAUUUAUCUCUGUUCUAUCCAACAACAGCAUCAAUAACAACAAUGAUAACUACAACAAUAAAGCGGAACAAAAGGGAAUAAAUAAAUAUUAAAAAAUUAAAUCUUUCAUAAUAUGUAUUUAUUCGUGUAGAAUAAUAGGGAGAGAUAGAAUCAGACUUCACUCGAGUACAUGUCUGUGAGGCUGGGGAUUGAACUUGGGACCUCCUGCUUCAGAGUCUAAAGCUAUAUUACUAUGGAGUUGGGUGGUACUGCAGCGGGUUAAGCACAUGUGGUACAAAGCACAAGGAACAGCUUAAGGAUCCCAGUUGAAGCCCUUGGCUCCCCUUCUCUCCCACAGUGAAAACAUCAAUAACUACAACAAUUAAAAAAGCAAGGGCAACAAAAGGAAAUAAAUAAAUAUUAAAGCUAUAAUACUGCACCACCUCCUGGAGUAUCAUAAUCUUCAAUUCUAAUGUAUAGAAAAGCCCACUUGGUACUGAAAUUUUAUUAAUAUGAAAAUGAUUAAAUAUUUAAAUAGAGUGACUUUUUUCACAUAUAUGAAUGCACUAGCAUUAGAAACAACUUGGGACUGUGAGGUGGUGCACCUGGUUGAGUACAUAUGUUACAGGGUGCAAGGAUUCAGGUUCAAGCCCCUGAUCCCCAUCUGCUAGGGGAAAGUGUAAUGAGUGGUGGAGUAGGGCUGUAGGUGUCUCUCUCCCUCUCUAUGUCCCUCUUCCUCUCCAUUUCUGGUUGUCUCUAUCAAAUAAAAAUGAAGUUAAUAAAAAGUCAACAAGGCUGUA